UUAUUAUUUGACCCAAAAAGGGAGAGGGAGUGAUAAAGUGAGAAAGAUUGGGUGAGUAUGAAUUGAGAUCUGUGGUUCACACAUUCAAAACUAAAGAAUGCAAUCUCUUCAUCAUCCCACUAUCAUCCAUUUACCUUUUAGUACUCCUCAUCCCCACACCCUUCAUUUUCCCAACCAUUUCUCCUCCACCAUUUUCACACAUCCACAUCUCCGCCACGGCCACCGCCAUCUGCCGUCUCCCGCCGCCGCCGUCUCCCCCGGCAGUUUGUGGGAGAAGGGGCCUAUUGAAGGUGUUCUGUUUGACAUUGAUGGAACACUAUGCGAUUCUGAUCCUCUUCACUUCUAUGCCUUCCGCCAAAUGCUUCAACAGGUUGGAUUCAACAAUGGAGUCCCAAUUAGUGAGGAAUUUUUCAUAGAAAACAUAAGUGGGAGACACAAUGAAGACCUUUGUGGCAUCCUCCUCCCAAAUUGGGACCUACCCAAAGCUAGAAAAUUCCUUCUACACAAGGAAGCUUAUUUUUGCAGAUUGGCAGCAGAGCAGUUGAAAGCCAUAGAAGGGCUGGACAAGGUCUGCAAAUGGAUAGAGGAGCGUGGGAUUAAACGCGCCGCUGUGACGAAUGCUCCGAGACCGAACGCCGAGCUGAUUCUUUCGAUGCUUAAACUUACGGAUUUCUUUCAGGUAGUGAUCAUAGGGAACGAAUGUGAACGUGCAAAGCCAUUCCCUGAUCCUUACUUGAAGGCUCUUCAGGCUCUUCAACUCUCUCCUCGACAUUCUUUUGUCUUUGAGGAUUCAGUAUCAGGAGUAAAAGCAGGAGUGGGAGCUGGAAUGAGAGUGGUAGGUGUGGGAAGAAGAAAUCCACAAGAUUUAUUAAUAGAAGCUGGAGCCAGUUUUGUUAUUCAAGAUUUCAAUGAUCCAAAUCUUUGGACCCAACUACUGUUUUGACUUCAUUCCAUUUUUUUUUUCUUUUAAUAUUAUUUUAAUUUCACAUUUCUUGUUGUUAUAUAUCAUUAUUUAAAUCACAUUCUUCUUCUUUUUUUUUUUAAUUUUAAUUGAGAACUAUAUCUUAAAUAAUUAUCAUAUGAUUAUCAAUUGAUGAUCAAGAGUCAAAGUUAGCCCAUAUUGAACUUAACUUUAAUGUGAUUGAGUUUGGUGUGA